AGUUUUCUUUUUGGAUCGGAGGCAAACAAAUAAUAAACAGCUGGAGGGAAAGGAAACAGCGGUAGCUUCUCCACUUCUUCGUUUCAGCUCAAAACAAACGUAGUAAACAAAGGUUUUCCCCUCGCUGUGAUUCCACCAUGAAACUCAAUCUUAUAACCGUCAAUUCUUUUCGUACAUCAACUUCUUUAACUCUAAGCAACCCUAUUCAAUUUCUCUCUCCCAGAGCUUCAAACCCACUCCCCAAUCAUACUUUCUCUCUAACUCCCCACUCUUCCAAACCUUCUCGUUUCCUUCCUGUUUGCCUCUCAAAUCCAACCAAACAAUCCAAUUCCAAUGCCAUCGAUGAAAUAUCAUCAGAUUCCCGCGCAAUUGAUUCGAGUGGGAAUUCAAACGAAGAGGAAUUCGAAAGGAGUUUGAAUAUGCAAAUGGGAAACCCAGUUGUUCCUUCCUUUAUUCAGCCCUCCAAUAAGCUUAGUUUAAAUGACCAAGCUUUCUUCCUUUUAUCAUUUAUCGCUUGCACGACUUCUAUAGCGUUUACAAGCCUCGUCAUUGCUGCCAUCCCAACACUCCAUGCAAUGGGCAGAGCUGCAACAUCUCUAUCAAAGUUAGCAGAUACAGCUCGUGAGGAACUCCCAAGUACAAUGGCUGCAAUUAGGCUUUCAGGAAUGGAAAUCAGUGAUCUUACACUGGAAUUAAGUGAUUUAAGCCAUGAGAUAGCUGAUGGAGUCAACAAAUCUGCUCAAGCUGUUCAAGCAGCAGAAGCAGGAAUUCGACAGAUUGGUACGCUUGCGCAUCAACAUACCAUGUCAAUGAUUCAAGAGAGGGCCAGCCUGCCUAUCAUCUCAUUGCAACCUGUAGUUGCUGGUGCUGCAAAAAAGACUUCGCGUGCUGUUGGUGAAGCCACCAAGUCCUUCAUAAAUAUGAUCUCCAGAGGGGAAGAUAGCUCAGAAAAUGAGGAUACUGAUGGAAUCGAAAGGUUGGAUAUUUAACAGGUUUUUUACUUCUCCUGGUCUAAAUGAUUGCAUAUGUACAUAUUUUAGAGACCUGCCAUGGCUGCAGUUGUUACACAGAUAUUGUAAAUGGCAUAUAUCCCUUUUUUUUAUCUAAAAUUUUUCCUUUUUUCCUUUUGAUA